GUGUUUUAAACGUUUAAUAUACGUAUUGAUACGUAUUAAAACGUAUUAUAAACGUGUUAAACACGUCUUGCGUUUAAUAAAAUACUUUAUUGAUUGCACAAAUAUGCAAUAUGAGCGCUUAUUUUCCUUUUUGUAGUAUUAAAAAUCUCCAAUUUACAUAAAUAUAAACAAGGAAAGCAAAAUAAUAUAUUCUUGAAGUUAUACAAGUAACAAACAUAAAAUAUAUUGAUUGCACAAACAUGCGGAAUGACAGCUUAUUUUGCAUUUCUACAUACCAAAACUAUGAUUAGUUUGUAAAAACUGCUUUAAUUGAUAUGAAACGUAUUUAAUUAUGACAUAAAUUAUUUUGGAAUAAAUUUCUACUUUUGAAUUCUGGGUAAAAGCACGUUGUUUUUACUUUACUAAUGAGAGCUAAACUGAGCACAUCUAAUUUUACCGAAAAUGCCAAAUACUGCUAAAAACCACCAAGAAUGCAGGAAAUCUGUUUGUUUUCUUUGUUUUAGUAAAAGUCAACGAAAGCUAACAUCAAAUCUAAAAGAAAGAUGUCAGAUUAUACUGAAAGAGAAAAUCAACUUUAAUGAUGACAAAGUUCCACUUGGAAUAUGUGAAAAAUGUCGCUCUUGUUUAAGAAGGAAGGAAAGUGGAGAAGACAUCACACUCCCAUCAUUGUAUAAGUUUGAGACUAUAAAACUUCGACCAGAAACUCGAGACUCUCACUGUAACUGCUUGAUCUGUUCAAUUGGUAAACUGAGACACAAUGGUCAAAUGAAAAUUGAAUUCGCACAAAGUUCAGCAACUAGAACACCUUCUUUAACAGUAGAAAAAAGAUGCUCAGACUGUUUUUCAAUUAUUGGUCGAGGAUUGCCUCACAACUGCACAAAAGGCACUUUGAGAAAUAAUCUUGUUGCUGUAGUAACAAAGGAUCCUUUGGCAUCAGAAAGAAUUGCAGCUCUUGUUGUUUCAAAUAAAGCUCCUUCUCCACAUGGAACUGUUCGAUUAAGUCAACUUUAUGGUGGAAGAAUGCUUCCAGUAACACCAAGUUCGUCAUCAGCUAGACAACUUUUCUCUUCAAAUUCAUCAAUAAGUGUAAAAGACCUUGCUAAAGUUCAAGCAAACACAGGGCUUUCAAACAAUGGCAUUAAGAGGUUAGCAGCUACUAUUAAUCAGUCAACCUCACAACAGAUUGUUGAAAAAAAUUACGCCAUAAAAUUUGACAAAUUCAGCAAGCAACUUGUACAUCAUUUCACAAGUUCAUUAAUUCAAGAUCACGCUGGAUGUGUGAGGACAGUCAUACAUUGCAAGAACUUCCAUGAGCUUAAAAAUGAAAUUAUAGCCAUGAGAAGUACAUCAAAAAAUCACAUUGUAAAGGUUGGAAUUGACGGAGGAGGUGGGUUUCUGAAAGUUACCCUGGGAAUUAUUGAAUUAAAUCAUGAACCUUGCAUUCCCCCAGCAAAAAUCAACUGCACAAGCAAGGUUUUUAAGGACACUGGUGUAAAACAACAACUAGUCAUUGCUGUCUGUGAGGAGCUUCAAGAAAGUUAUACUAACGUUUUGCAAGUAUUUGAGUUGAUUAAAUUGAAAGACCAGGAGUUUGUCAUGUCCUGUGAUCUAAAACUUGCUAAUAUAAUUUGUGGGCUUCAAGCACACUCAAGUGCACAUCCCUGCACCUGGUGUGAAUCUGGUUCAAAAGAACUUGUAAAUCAAGGGAAAUUGAGGACUUUUGAAUCUCUGGAAAAAAAUGUCUCACUCUUCAAGUCAGCUGGUUCCAAUAUUAGAAAAGCUCGUGACUAUAAAAAUGUUGUUCAUUCUCCAAUAUUUAAACUACCUGGAGACACUUUGGUUUUGAAUUUUCUUCCUCCCAUGGAAUUGCAUCUCUUAAUUGGAGUUUUUAAUCAUCUUUUUGCUGCGCUGCUUCAAGUUUUUCCUCGAGUAACUCUUUGGUCUGAUGCAUUACACAUUAAACAACAACCUUACCAUGGUGGACAUUUUGCAGGAAAUGAGUCCAGAAAGCUGCUACACAAUAUUGAUAUUCUUCAAUCAAUUGCUGAGAAACACUCAUGCUAUGCAGCCAUCCCAUUCAUUGAUGCUUUUCGAAAAUUCAAUGCGGUAGUAUCUGGCUGUUUUGGGUGCAACCUUAAUCCAAACUACCCACAAAUAAUUGAAGCAUUCAGAGUGUCUUAUCUGGCAUUGCAAAAUGUGUCUGUAACACCCAAGGUCCAUGCAGUAUUUUUUCAUGUAAAAGAUUUCAUCGACAGAUAUGGCCAGGCUCUUGGGCUUUACUCAGAACAGGCAACAGAAGCAAUGCAUCACAACUUUCAGAUACAUUGGCAAAGGUACAAAAGACCCAAUCAUCAUCCAGAAUACAGUAAGAAGUUGCAAUGUUGCAUUGUUGACUUCAAUACUAAACAUUGUUUGUGAAAAGUCAUUUUAAGAAGGGAUUUGAGAAUAAGUUGUUUUUGAAUUUGUUCCAUUUAAAAGAAACUUUUUUUCUGAAUAUAUUUUAUGUUUGUUACUUGUAUAACUUCAAGAAUAUAUUAUUUUGCUUUCCUUGUUUAUAUUUAUGUAAAUUGGAGAUUUUUAAUACUACAAAAAGGAAAAUAAGCGCUCAUAUUGCAUAUUUGUGCAAUCAAUAAAGUAUUUUAUUAAACGCAAGACGUGUUUAACACGUUUAUAAUACGUUUUAAUACGUAUCAAUACGUAUAUUAAACGUUUAAAACACGUUUUGUGUUAACUAGGAUGAAAAUUCAAAUGUAAAUAACUUGCCAGGACGUUGUAAUCUGAUUUUGAUACUUAUAUCUAAGUGAUCCCCAUAGUAAGGGCUAUCAUUCCGCCAAAGGGUUUUCCCGGGUCAGAAAGUUAAGGUUAGAACC